AUGAGGCUUCCCUUUCAUUUGCCUGGCCAACAGAAUGUUGUGUAUGGUGCGGAUGACGAUAUUGAUAAUGUUUUAAGCAAGCCUUCUGUUGCUUCUUCAAUAGUUGUGCAAUGGAUGAAGUUGAACGAGACAAAUGAAGAUGCUAGAAAGCUGACUUAUGUUGAGUUUCCUUCCAAAUUUGUUUGGAUACUUAAAGAUAGAUGUUGGCAGAUACGUAAGAUGUACCAGUGUGUUGGCCGGAUUCAUUCUGUAUCUCUUGCAUUGGGCGAACCUUAUUUUUUGAGGAUGCUACUCAAUAAAGUUAAAGGGCCUAGAUCAUUUGAGGAGAUACGUACAGUUAACGGUCAAUUAUUCCCAACUUUUAGAGAUGCUUGCUAUGCGAUGGGACUCUUAGAUGAUGACAAUGAAUACGUUCAGGCCAUUAAAGAAGCAAGUUUUGAAGGACAUGUUGGGUAUCUUCGAGUGUUAUUUGCUACCCUGCUUUUGUCAAAUACUCUAUCUCGGCCCAGAUUUGUUUGGGAGAAUACGUGGAAGUACUUAGCUGAUGAUAUUGUUUAUAGACGUCAAAAAGAAACAAAUAUUUCAGGUUUAGUGCUUCCUGAAUAUCAGAUUAAGAACCUUACUUUGUUGAAAAUUGAAAACUAUUUAAUUUCCAAUGGUUCAUCAUUACGAAGGUUUGUCACUAUGUCGUACCCUGACGACGAUUCCUUACGUGAUGCUUCUAAUCGUCUGAUCGAUGAAGAGCUGUCACAUGACCUAGAUGAAGUACAAGUUGAGUUUAACAGGUUGCAUCAAUCUCUUACAGAUGAACAACGAGCGGUUUUUGACGAAAUAAUGGAAGCAGUUGUAGGGCGUAAAGGAGGCUUUUUUUGUCUAUGGUUAAGAAAUGGAAUAGUUUUAAAUGUGGCUUCAAGUGGUAUUGCUUCGUUAUUACUUUCCCGUGGAAGGACAUCUCAUUCUCGGUUCCAUAUCCCCGUUAAUCUAACAGAAGAUUCAAUGUGCAAUAUUAAGCCAAAUAGUGAUAUUGCAAGAUUAUUAAAGGAAACCCAAUUAAUCAUAUGGGACGAAGCACCGAUGGUACACAAACAUGCCUUUGAAGCUUUAGAUAGGACGAUGACCGACGUAUUUUCGGAAGGUAGGAGUAUUCGUUCGGAUAUUCCUUUUGGAGGUAAAGUUAUUGUAUUUGGUGGUGACUUUAGACAAAUACUACCUGUUAUUCCUAAUGAUACUAGACAAGAAAUUGUUAGUGCAUCUUUAAGCUCUUCAUACAUAUGGGCAAAAUGCAGACUCUUACGGCUGACUAAAAACAUGCGUCUAACUAUUGGAGCUGAAAGUUCGAAUAUGGAGUCUAUCAGAGAAUUUGCAAAAUGGCUUAUUGAUAUUGGUGAAGGAAACGUUGGAGAUGAUAAUGAUGGUGAUGCCAUUAUAGAGAUACCAGAUGAUUUACUAAUCACCGAUAUUUGUGACCCGAUACAAAGUUUAAUUGACUUUGUAUAUCCUUCAAUUAUUGAACAAUUUAGGAUUCCUGCAUUUUUUUCUGAGCGAGCAAUUCUUGCACCCAAAAAUGAGGUAGUUCAUGAAAUUAAUGAUCGAUUGCUUUCGUUAUUUCCUGGUGAUGUGAAAGAGUAUUUGAGUUCUGAUAGUAUAUGUCAAACUGAACAAAUUCUUGAUUCUUUUCAACAAAGCUUAUACUCAACAGAAAAUUUGAAUGCUCUUAAGAUUUCUGGCUUGCCUAAUCACAGAUUUGUUCUUAAAGUUGGUGUUCCUGUGAUGCUUCUUCGAAAUAUUGAUCAACAGAAAGGGUUAUGUAACGGUACAAGGCUUCAGAUUACUUUUCUUUGUAAACGAGUUGUAGAAGUUGAAGUUAUAUCUGGUGGGAACAUUGGCACGAGAGUUUUUAUUCCAAGGAUUAAUAUGAUCCCGUUUGACAAAAAAAUACCUUUUCAAUUUCAACGAAGACAAUUUCCGUUAUCAGUUUGUUUUGCUAUGACAAUUAACAAGAGUCAAGGACAAUCGUUAUCAAAGGUUGGUCUUUAUUUGAAAGAUCCUGUCUUCACUCAUGGUCAGUUGUAUGUUGCAUUAUCAAGGGUCAAGACCAGAGAAGGCGUUAGUAUACUAAUAUUCGACGGUGAUGGAAAACCAACAAAUAAGACUUCUAAUGUUGUUUACAAAGAAGUUUUUACUAGCUUGUAA